UGUUAAUAAAUAUUUAUGAGCUCAUUUCCACAUCAAACCAUCGACAGGACUUUUAUUUGCGAAGCCGCUGCUGUACGUCAUCACGCUACACUUACGUCAUCACGCUGCGUCGCCUGCAGUGCGUACACAUGUGAGCAGAAGACUCUGAUCAAGGUGAUGUUGGAGAAGAUGGAAGCCAAAGGUCAAAGGUCAGUUAAGGGUGGACAGAAGGGUCAUAAACGGCCGGUUCAGGGGACGAGGAAACCUCGGCUGGACGGCACGGCGGUCGGCUACUUCCGGCGCGUCAGUGACCGACUGAAGGAGGGAUUCACGGAGGAGGAGGAGAAAGGUGUGUUUGUGCACAAUGUGCUGUCGGAGGUGAAGGGCAAAGCCGCGCUCGUGGCCGUGGAUAUGACCGGCAGUCUGGUGCUGGAGAAGCUGCUGCCGCUGGCCAGUCCCGCUCAGGUGGCGGAAGUGCUGGCAGAGCUGGGUGGAGAGACGGGGUCAGAGUUCAGAGGCGUGGCGUGCGAUCAGUGCGGAGGUCACGUGAUGGAGAGCGCAGUGAGGCAGGCUCACAGGUGGACAGAGGAGGAUCCUGCGCAGGAGGGGUCUGACGCCACAGAGGCCGGUGAGGAGCAUUGUGGGAUGCUGGAGGCUCAGGUGCAGCGUCUGUGUGGAGUCGUCAGGGAGAACAUCGUGCAGUUCGCCAAGGAUCCGUACGGAUCGCACGUGCUCCGGACGCUCGUACAGGUGCUGAGCGGCUGCUUGACUCGAGAAGCUCCCGGCGCUCAGAAAGCCAAGAAGAACAAAAACUGUGAAAGUGAGAUGAUGGAUUUCGAGAUUCCCACAUCGUUCUGGUGGGAGCUGAAGCAUCUGGCCGACUGUCUGAUGGAAAACAUCAACGUCUGCGUGUCGAACACGAGCGCCUGCGCGGCUCUUCAGACGCUGCUGACCGUGUGUCACCGGAAGAGACCCAUACUGUGCAAGAAGCUCAACAAGGGCAUCAUGGGAUACCUGACGUCACUCAGCUCGGCUCCUGGAGUCAGUCCGCUGCUGGUGUUCAUGAAGGACCCGUCCGACAGUCAUCUCCUCCAGACCGUCUUCAGGUUCUCCCAUAAAGCUCUGCUGCGUGACGUCUACAGGAACCACCUGAGAUCGCAGCUGAUGCCUCUGGCUCUUCAUCCCAUCGCACACUUCCCCGUCCAGAGCCUGAUCGCAGCGUCCGCCCCCUUCAGACUGUUCCUGAAGAUCUUCGACGAGUUGAUGGAGGGGUUCGAGGCCAUUCUCGCCGCGGGUAACAUGGGGGUCGUAGUGCAGAUGGCGGAGAGCUGCGCGCAGUGGGAGGACAGGCAGAGCGUGCUGCUGCAGCGCCUCCUGCAGGCCUUUCACUGCAGUGAACCGGCGUCGCUGCAAGUUUCCUGUCUGCCUCUCUUCCUGUCCUUCCUGGCGUAUGAAGUGUACUACCACACCGAGCCAGCAGAGGGCGCCGCCGUCACACAGUCUUCCCAGCAGGCUCUGUCCGUAUGUUAUCACGGCUCUCGGCUGGUUCAGGCUCUGGCCGGCUUCAGAGAGCGAUCCGUGCUGAUGAACAGCCUGCACGAGCUGAGCCCCGCCGACCUGCUGACCCUCGGCACCGAUCCCAUGGGCAGCCGCGCGCUCCAGGCGCUGGUGACGUCCGGCAGCGAUAAGGGCCGAGGGAAGAUCUUGAGGAAGAUGCAGGACAUGUACGUGGAUCUGGCCUGUUCGGCGUGCGGCAGCCGUCUGCUGGAGGCCGUGUGGAGCAGCGCCACCGUCAGUCAGAGGCAGAGCAUCGCAGAGAGACUCGCCCCCAGUGAGAGUCGGCUCCGCUCGCAUCAGUUUGCACGACACAUUUGGGCCAAAUUCGGCCUGACGUCGUUCCUGAAGCGCCGCCGCGACUGGCUGGAAGCGCAGACGGGAGAUUCGAAGAAGAGGAAGAUGUUCAGGGAUAUUCUGGAGUGACGGAGUUCAUUAACAGACACUUUCCUCAACUCCUGUGGAUGUUUUAAUCAUUCCAACUGAACGACGCCAUCAGAGACUCGUUUACUAAUGAGGAAUUUUCAUUCAACCCUUGAAGAUGCGUUUUAUUAAUAAAAACAUCAAAAAUG